UCUCCAAGUAACAGGUCUCCGGCUCAGAGCAAGUUCGAACCUACGACAAGUCGCCCGGUCUCGGGUCUCCUUUGGAACUAGCUUCUCCGCGUCGGUGUCUCGGUAAAAUCAGGAUUACAUUUUCGUGUGUUUCGCCCUGGAGUGCUGUUUUUUAUGUGUAAAAGUGUGUGAAUCAGUGCUGCGUUUGGAUAUUCCUGUGUUCCAGAGGAUUUAUGCAACAUGAGCGUGUUCGUCCUAUCUACGAGCUUUAUGUAACACGGCAUUUUGACGGGCCCUGCGGACAAAAUGACGACUUUACAUCUCCAAGAGGAUGUGGGUAUAUCGUGGAAGGACCUCAGCGUGUGGUCGAAUAGAAAGGUAGCGGACGGACUUUUUAAACAACAAAAAGUACAAAGAACUCGUCUUCUUAAUUCAGUUAGUGGAUAUGCGAGAGCUGGAUCUUUGACUGUCAUCAUGGGAGCCAGCGGUGCGGGGAAAACAACGCUGCUCUCAACGGUGAGUGGGCGAUCAUCGGCGAACGAGCGGCGGGGUGAGAUCCUGCUCAACGGUCGACCAGUCGAGCCCGAGCUCAUGCUUCGGAUUUCAGGAUUCAUGCCACAGACCGACCUCACCGUCGAGAACCUCACCGUCCUCGAGCAUUUGCAGUUCAUGGGAUGUCUGAGAAUGGACGUUAGAGUGUCAGAAAACCAAAGGAAUAGGAUCAUCAACAAUUUAAUUUUAGAUUUUGGACUAAGAAAGUGCAUGCACUCUCAACUUCGGUUCCUGUCUGGUGGAGAAAGGAGAAAAGUAUCACUGGCGGUUCAGCUGCUGACAGACCCACCGGUUCUUUUCUGCGACGAGCCGACAACCGGUCUGGAUAGCUUCAACGCUCUGAGCAUGGUGUCCUGCCUGAGCUCCCUAGCGAAAAAUGGAAAAACAGUCGUAUGCACCAUCCACCAGCCAACGUCUGGGGUCUUCGAGACCUUCGACGAGGUCAUCCUCAUGGUCGCCGGCGGCCGCGUUGCCUUCCAGGGGGCCAUCAACGACGCUCUGGACCACUUCAAAACGCUUGGAAUGGUCUGUCCAAAAGCUUACAACACCGCCGAGUUCCUUAUUUCACAGCUUAGCAUAAGAGAAGACACGCGAACGAAGAAAGAGGUCUACCAAAUUUGCGACUUGUUUGAUACCUCCGAAUCUUAUAAAAUCUUCCAGAAAAAAUUCAAUGAAGUCAAUACAGUUUAUAAUGAUACUCAGAUAGUGCACGAGAUAGAUAAACAGUUCCUGAGGUUUAAUACAUGGCAAGGAGCAGAUACAAGUACACAAUUUAGGUUGCUGGCAUGGAGGCAUGGACUGAAUAUAGCAAGAAAUGUCAAUAGAAUUUUUAUUAGCGUUUGCACAUUCUUGUUUACAGGUUUUGUAAUAGCAGCUUCUUACAGGGGUGUCAUAUUCGACCAGAACGGAGUGCAAAAUUUGCAAGGCUUUUUUAACAAUGUGAUAACAGAAACAAUUUUCUGUCAGUCUUAUCGAUCUUUGUAUACGUUUCAAGCGGAAAUUCCCGUGCUCUUACGAGAAACCAAAGAUAAAGUUUACUCCGUGGGGCCAUUCUACCUUUCAAGGAUAAUAUACGUAGUGCUGCUUUGCUCCGUUGAAACGUUCAUCUUCUCAUUCACAAUUUUCUGGAUCACUGGUUUCAGCGGCGGAACAUUGAGUUUCCCUCAGUUUGUCGCUCCAAUCGCUGUGAGCGGUCUGGCAGCCACAGCCUAUGGUUGUGCAAUGUCCUCAAACUUCGAAACUGUGUCAUCAGCCUCUCUUUUGAUGGUGCCUCUAGAUUUUAUUUCAUAUACUUUCUCCGGCAUGUUUCUACAGCUCAGCUCUGUUCCGUUUUAUCUCCGAUGGUUGAAAUAUGUUUCUCGGUUUUAUUACGGCGUUGAAGCCUUCAGCAUACUUCAGUGGACUUCAGUCGACGAAAUUCCUUGCCCGCAAAACCCUGACAUAAUGUGCCUAUUGACUGCAGACAAAGUUUUGGAAAAAUAUGGCUAUAGAACUGGUGACAUAGAGCUCGAUUUCCUGGGGCUCAUUUUGAUGUUCAUUGUGUUAAAUACCAUUGGAUACCUGGGAAUCAGGAAUCGUAGUAAGCAGCAGGCUUCCUACUAAACCCACCACAACGCAUCUAAAGAGCACCGUGGCAUACGCGCAAUGCAUGCAGUAUCUUGCAGACUUGUAAGGCGCUACUAUGCCUCGCGCGCACCGUGCUGUAUACGCGCAAUGCAUGAAGUAUCCUGCGGUCUUGUAAGGCGCCAGUAUGCUUUUUACGGCGUGCGCGCCAGCCCCAAGCCGGCCGGAGUGAGCUCGAUACGUCCGAUUUUUUGGUGUUUUUAAUAAAUAUUUAGCCUCGCUC